UCAAGUUUCUACCUUGUGUGGUUCCCGAUUGUACCAUCAAUUACUCCUGCAUGAAUGCCUCCUCACUCGUCCAAGACAAAGGGAGUAGAGCUAAUGAAUCAAUCUUCGAUCCGUGCUACUGGACCAAUUGUGGAGGUGGCUCUUGCAACAAAUCAUCAAAUUUCACAUAUAGCUGUGAAUGUGCAAAGGAUUAUUAUAAUAUUCUCAAUGAUACUUCCCUCCCAUGUUUCCAAGAUUGUGCAAUUGGAACGGAUUGUUCAACCCUAAAGAUAUCAUCUUCAAACAAAUCUACAUCAGCAACCCCUGCAUUCUCUGAUGAUGGUAAGAACCAUGAUGAUGUGUGCAAAGGAGUGGUAUGUGGAAAAGGAACUUGCAAGCCAUCAAAUCAAAGCGCUUUCUUCCUGUUUGAAUGUGAAUGCGAUCCUGGGUGGAAGCAGGCUAACUUUGGCCUUGCCGAAAACUUCAAGUUUCUACCUUGUGUGGUUCCCAAUUGUACCAUCAAUUACUCCUGCAUGAAUGCCUCCUCACCUGUCCAAGACAAAGGGAGCAUAGCUAAUGAAUCAAUCUUCAAUCCUUGCCACUGGACCGAUUGUGGAGGUGGCUUUUGCGACAAAACAUCAAAUUUCACAUAUAGCUGUGAAUGUGCAAAGGAUUAUUAUAAUAUUCUCAAUGAUAAUUCGUUGCCAUGUUUCCAAGAUUGUGCAAUUGGAAUGGAUUGUUCAACCCUGGGAAUAUCAUCUUCAAACAAAUCUACUUCUGCAACACAAUUAGUGUCUGAUGAUGGUAUGAACCAUGCUGCUUCAAUUCUACAAGGACAUUAUUUUUGGUUGAUAACGCUGAUGACAUUCAUGGCUAUGGUUCAGUGGAAAUAGAAGGGCUUAAUUAUAUACACAAGGCUUACAGCCCUGCAUUCUAGUUAGAUUCCAUAGAUUUCAUCGCUACUCCAUUGCUUUUGGUUUUCCAUAGUUCCACUUGUCCAGCAUUUCUAUGUAUGUAUGAUCAGGUCCAAUAAAUAAAUUACGACAUGUACAGGGAGCAGUAUGUUGAAUAGAUAUAACUCAGCACGGGACUUAGAGCAGAACAUUUUAAGUAUACGGCAUAUAUGCUUUUGUUGAACAUGAUUUGAUGAUACUGAGGUCUAUCACCUACUUUGAGAAACUAAUACUGGUAUUGAUUUGUUAUGUCAACUUGUUUUUUACUAACCAUGUAAGUAUUGGAAUAAGAAAUGGUAUUCAUUAGCCUUCAAAAUGGCUGAUCUUUGAA